AGGAUAGGUUUAUCGGGGAGACCAGGAAGUGGCGGUCAACGGUAGUUUAGCCAGCUGUCUGAUAAACUGCGAACGGUAUAACAGCACAUCGUUGCAAUUUAUCAACGGGCUUCAAAGACCAGGAACGCGUACCUAGCUAACGAAACUAUAUGUAUAUAUUUUUUUUAGCUAACAUGCUAGCUAUCCUGCUAAAUAUCUUCCAUGUCAGCAGUAUAAAAAAAAGCAUGAGCUAGCUAUCGUUAGUUAAACAAACAGUGUACCUACCCUAUGCUGCUAUCAAAUAUGUAUUUGGUGGGCUUUGUGCUCGUGAAUGUUAGUUAGCAGCGUAUGCAAGAGGAGAAACCUGUACGUGGAUGACUAACAUUGGCCACGGAGUUAACUUCGUUAACUAAAGUAGCUGGCUAGCAGUCUUUAGUUUGUAAUCGAAAUGGAUUUUAAAGGGUCAUUCAAGACUUCGAGGAUGGUUUUGUCCCUGGUCGUUCUCCUUGUAUUUUUCUCACACGGAACAGCAGCUGAUGAAGAGCUACAGGGGAAUCAUGAUCAUGCUCCUGAAUUGAAGUCUUACCAUGACCCCAACUCUGAGGAGGAAGAGGACCCAGUAGGUUCCAGGAUUGUAGCAGCAAUGGUGACUUCCGCCAGGGAGGCCCCGCAGCGUGAGGGGGAGAGAAGACUUGAUGGUGGGGUCCAGGAGGGUGGGCAAGAGGGGGAAGAGAAGGAGGACUUGCCCACCCAACCUCCUCCCGUUGAGGAAAGGUCCAAAGAGAUUCCUGUGGUGAAUGGGGGCACAGCCAAUAGGGAGCCCUGUCUGUUCCCCUUUCUCUUCCUGGGGAAGGAGUACUCGGACUGUACCACCGAUGGACGGGGGGACGAACGCCUGUGGUGCGCCACAACCUACGACUACGACAGGGACAAGAAAUGGGGUUUCUGUGAGACGGAGGAGCAGGCUGAGCAGAGGCAUGUAGCGGAGGAGGCCGAAAAGGAGUACCAGACUGCCCUCCGCAUGAUCAACGGAACCAACCGGAAGAGCCAGAAGAAAGAGUUGUAUGAGAAGCUAUUGAAGGUGGCCUGGAAAGGCCACCACAAGGCAAUGGAGAAGGUGGCCUACGCCAUGCUGUUUGGAGACUAUAUGACCCAGAACAUCCCCAAGGCCAAGGAGCUGUUUGAGAAGCUGGCCCUGGAGGGCUCCCCCAAAGCUCAGAUGGCACUUGGUUUCUUGUACGCUGCUGGGUUAGAAGUGAACUCCAGUCAAGCAAAGGCACUGGUUUACUACACCUUCGGGGCUUUGGGUGGAAACCUGGUGGCUCAUAUGAUUCUGGGAUACCGAUACUGGGGUGGUGUGGGUGUGCCCCAGAGCUGUGAAUCAGCACUGACGCACUACCGACUGGUGGCCAAUCAUGUGGCCAGUGACGUGUCCCUGACGGGAGGCAGUGCGGUGCAGAGGGUACGUCUGCUGGACGAGGUGGAGAACCCAGGCUCUACCAGCGGCAUGCUGGAGGAAGACCUGAUCCAGUACUACCAGUUCCUGGCUGAGAAGGGAGAUGUCCAGGCCCAGGUGGGACUGGGCCAGCUGCAUCUGCACGGUGGUCGGGGGGUGGAGCAGAACCACCAGCGGGCGUAUGAUUACUUCAACCAGGCAGCGAAUGCGGGGAACACACACGCCAUGGCCUUCCUUGGGAAGAUGUACUCGGAUGGCAGUGAGUACUUGUCUCAGAACAAUGAGACGGCACUGCAGUACUUCAAGAAGGCCUCUGACCUGGGUAACCCUGUUGGGCAGAGUGGACUGGGCAUGGCGUACCUGUAUGGGAGGGGCGUUCCAGUGAAUUACGAGUUGGCACUGAAAUACUUCCAGAAGGCAGCAGAGCAGGGCUGGGUAGACGGACAGCUUCAGCUGGGCACAAUGUACUACAAUGGGAUCGGGGUGAAGCGUGACUACAAGCAGGCCCUCAAGUUCUUCAAUCUGGCCUCGCAGGCGGGCCACAUCCUGGCCUUCUACAACCUGGCCCAGAUGCAUGCCACGGGCACCGGCGUUAUGCGCUCCUGCCACACCGCCGUGGAGCUCUUCAAGAAUGUGUGUGAGCGUGGGCGCUGGUCGGAGAGGCUUAUGGCAGCCUACCGCAGCUUCAAGGACGGCGACAUGGAUGGGUCGCUGGUGCAGUACCUACUGCUGGCCGAGCAGGGCUAUGAAGUGGCCCAGAGCAAUGUAGCCUUCAUCCUGGACCAGACAGAGGCCCGGAUCUUCAGUGAGAACGAGACGUACCCUCGAGCCCUCCUCCAUUGGACCAGAGCAGCAGCACAGGGUUAUACUGUGGCUAGAAUAAAGCUUGGGGACUACCAUUUCUACGGUUAUGGUACUGAUGUGGACUACGAGACUGCUGUCAUCCACUAUAGGCUGGCCUCGGAGCAGCAGCACAGUGCUCAGGCCAUGUUCAACUUGGGCUACAUGCAUGAGAAAGGCCUGGGCAUCAAACAGGACAUCCACCUGGCCAAGCGUUUCUAUGACAUGGCUGCCGAGGCCAGUCCCGACGCCCAGGUGCCCGUCUUCCUGGCUCUGUGUAAACUGGGCCUGGUCUACACCCUGCAGUACAUGCACGACCUCAACAUGACUGAGCUGGUCAGUCAGGUGGACCUUGACCAGCUCCUGGGCCCCGAGUGGGACCUCUACCUCAUGACGGUCAUCGCCCUGCUUCUGGGCACUGUCAUCGCAUACCGCCAGAGACAGCAUCCAGCUGUGCCCCCGCGGCCCCCUCCUCUCCCGGCCCCAGCCAGGCCCCCCCAGGAGCAGCCCCAACCUGAGGACCAGGUUCAGCCCGAGGUCCCACCCCAGGCUGAAGAGGAGCAGCAGUGAGCAAUUGCUACUAGCAUUAGAGCAAUGACUGGAAGUCUAUGGGAACAGCUAAUAUGCUAAUAUGCUGUUCCUGUAGACUUCCAAUUAUUGCGCUAACGCUAAUUAGCCUUGGCUCCCAAAAUGACCUCUAACUUCCUGCAUACUGGAAGUUAGACAUAAAAAUGUGGUCCACAAGUUCAUCUGACUGAGGAAGUAGAUAAAGGACUUCAUUGCCAAAAUCCCUAACUAUCCCUUUAAUUAUCAUCCAAUCUGUAAAUUAAACAGUCUUGUUUUGUGUGCUCUGGUAGUGGUUACCAGAUAUUUUUUCUGAUUUUUCUUUGCGGAUUUUAUGUAGGUGUUUAAAGGUUACAACUUUCCUUAUCAGCAAAUAUGAUACCAGAAACAAUACACACACCUUGCAAAACCAACAGAUUUGAGAUUGGCAGCAAUUGGAACUCCACACGCUAAGUUAGCUUCAUCUCCUUGUCUGUAGGAAAUUAUUUGUUAGGGAACACGUUCUAUAAGCAAACAUUCUUUAUCAAGCAAGUUUUUGUUCCAGCAUGCUUUUUUUGUGCAAAUAUUUUUUUAGCAAACAGGAACUUGUUUUGUUAGCAUAUUAUGUUGAAUUAAUGAAGGAAACAUAAACUUGCUAAUUUAUUUGACAUCCAGUUCAAAACAGAGCUGAGCUUUGGGCAGCCUUCUUGUUUGAGUGGAACAAGUAAUGAACGGUAUUGUUGUCACUUUGUCAGUCAUUUGAGCUCUGCCAUGGUAUGGUCGGGCAAAAAGUUGGAUUCUUGAGCGCUUAUCUAUAUAAUAAGGAAAAUAUUAUGGGGAUAUUGCUGAAUGCCGAUCCCCACCAUAGAUGCUCUCUUACAGCCCAAAUCCUGAAAAAGUGCUAGGUUGAAGAAACCCUUCAGUCUCUACACUGUAUGUGCCUGGUAGUGGUGCACACAGCUGAAGAAUUAAAGGUACACUCAGCAGAUUACAUCAUUAACAGAAGGACAUUAUACAACAGCAACAGCAGAAUUCAAAUCUGCCUCCAAGAUGACCAUUAUUAAACAAACGUAACAAUUUGCAUCCUCCCCUGUGGCACACACACAUUGGGAAUAGCCAAUAAUGUCAGUCUUGGCAGAUUUGUAACUCUCUCUGUUGUCUGUAAGUAGGAAGUUGCCCCAUUUUGUAUGAUGAUGUCAUCUUUCUGAGUGUUCCUUUAACCCUUUGUGCCUUUUUUUUUUUUUACGGCAAACAUAGAGAAGAAAUGUAUAUUUUUUUGUCCACUGCUCUCUGCACAAUAUAUUACCGUAAAGAGUAGCAUAUCUUAAGAAUUUGCCUAUUCUCUGUGUUUGUAGUCGGUCUACAUUGACACAUGAUUAUCUUAUUGUAGGUACAUAGUAAUUGGUAGUACAUUUGUGGCACCAUUGUUAAUUUAAUUUUCUCCUGUUUAAACUGUUUGGUUUGAUAAGUCAAACAGAAGUUUAACUGCGACAGGAACAGAGAUGGAGGCUCUCGUAAUCUCCGGUGACUGUGUAAUGUUUUUGUUAUCAUUUUAGGACCAGUUACCCUUCGUGUCAUGUGAAGACUCAAUAGGAGAAAGCAUUGCCUUUUUCUAUUGACUUUGUUAUAUACAUGGAUUCACUCUCAUGGCCUGUAUGUAUAAUUAUUUUGGAGUAGGAGUGCUGAUCUAGGAUCAGUUUAGAGUUUUAGAUCAUAAUUAAUAAGACUAUAUUAUAAACAGGAGGGACCUAAUCCUAGAUCUGCUCUCCUACUCUAACACACUUGACACAUUUGGCCCCAGAUCUUCAUAUUUGAGUGUAAGGUGGCAAUGGGAAACGCUGUGUGCCAAGGUAAAACAUAAUUACAGUACUUUAAGCAAGAUGGGGUGGGGUAUAAUACCACUGAUGUAAAAAGAGAACAUCCACGCCCUUUAUAUGCUAUUUCCUGGGCUGUGUUCAUUGGAGCACGCACUGGAAUACGUUUUUAAAAUAUCUACAAAUGUGUAAUAUGACAAGUCCCUCUCUGUGUCAGUAUGUUUUGUUCCAUUUGGUGCCCAAUUUAAUUUGCCAACGGAGGAUGUACCCUUUGCAUAAUGUAAAGAGGAAUACACGUGUUUAUAUAGCAAUACACUAACGUUCAAUGUAUGAACCAGUAUGUAUAUUAAGAACAAAAUGGGAUGUUAAGAGAAUGAUUCAGACUUUUCAUGAGAAGUUUCAAAUAAGAUUUAUCACUCACCAAAACACAACAAUGAUGUCCUCUGUACUCACUUUGGUUUGAAUAUGAUAUCAACACAAGUAAUAAAAUAACAGGCUACAUACUA